UUCUGCUAUCGUUCGUGGUUGUUUAUUUCUAGAACAAAUUCAACGGGAUUUUUUCGGUUAAAAUUAUAAAAAUUAAAUAAAAGAAGAAAAACAAUAGAAAAAACAUCAAAAGUACAAAACACAAAGAAUUUAUAGAGAAAUUGUUAUUUCAAGAGACGGUGAAGACAGUGCCAAACAUUGAUUGCGGUCUAUAAAAACCACAUUUUUUCUUGAGUACUUUCAGCAAUAAAACACAUAGCUAUUGAGUGUUACAACAAAAACAAAUUGCAUUUGAAAAAGAGGAAUUAAUUUUGUUUCAACAAAAGAAUUAACAAAAUGGUCGCUGCUACUGCUACUGUUGCCACACCAAAUGGUAACUCCAACAAUGUCACAACACCCCUACCAAAGGGCAAAUACACUUUAGUUGGUAUUGAUAUUGACACUACCGGACGCAGAUUAAUUGACGAGAUUGUUCAGCUGGCGGCUUAUACUCCCAAAGAUCAUUUCGAACAGUAUAUUAUGCCAUAUAUGAAUUUGAAUCCAGCUGCUCGUCAACGUCAUCAAGUUCGUGUGAUUUCCAUUGGCUUCUAUCGCAUGCUCAAGUCUAUGCAAACAUACAAGAUCAUUAAAUCAAAAUCUGAAAUCGCUGCUCUCAAAGAUUUUCUCGCUUGGCUCGAAGCUUUGAAAGCUAAAGAUGCCACAUCGCAAGGUAUUAUUUUAUUGUAUCAUGAAGAGCGUAAAUUCAUUCCAUAUAUGAUUUUGGAAUCGCUUAAAAAAUAUAACCUGCUGGACAGGUUUUUACUUACUGUUAAGUCAUUCGCUAACGGUCUCAAUUUGGCCAAGGCCAAUGUCAAUGAGUCCCUGCAACAUUAUACAUUGCGAAAACUAUCCAAGUUUUUGAAAUCAAACGCUGUGAACAGUGUUGAAUUAAACAACAAUAAUGUGGAGGCAUCGUCCACCACUGAAGGUGCUGCAGCAGUUGCCACUAAAGAGCAACAGCUGCAACAAAAGACUAACAAUAAGUCUAGUCAAAACAAUAAUGAAGGUGAAUUAUUCGAUGGAAGUGCCAGUGUUCGUGCCAAAUUAGCCUAUGAAGUGGCUUUGCAUUUAAGUAAUCAAGACUCGAAGGAAGAUCUCGAUUCUCAAAAUGCUCUCGAUAAAUUUUUAACGGCCAUAAAUCCUUAUGCCCAAACCAUUCAAUGUGAUUUGGAUGAGUUGCAAACCCAAAAUGAAAAUCUGGAUCGCCAAAAUUCAUUCCGUCCAGUAUUUUUGAAUUACUUCAAGUCAACACUUUACAAUCGUGUGCGUGCUGUUAAAUUCCGUAUUAUCCUGGCAGAGCAUGGUUAUGAUUUGCAAACUCUCAAUGCCAUCUGGACUGAAAAGAAACGUGAUGGCCUUGUUGAAGUUUUGCAGGCCAUAGAAGAGCUGAAGGAUGAGGACAAAACAGAAUUGGCUGAUUUAUUUGACAGCUACUAUGAUCCAGCCAAGACGACUAUUAAACCGGUUGUUAAACCAAUCAAUCGUUCGCGUAAUAGGCGUUUACGCAGCAAUGUUAGAAACGAUGGUAAAGUGGCUCCUCCUGCUGCUAAUGGUGCUCCUGUUGAGCAAGGUGCCGGUGGUGAUAAGCAACAAGCUAGUGGUAACAAUGCUAAUUUGCCUGAUUCUACAACAAAAUCACCCAAAAACCGCAACAAACGUAAUCAACGUUCACAAAAGAACAAUAAUAACAACAACAAUAAUACUAGCACAAAUAACAACAAUGUGUUAAUAAAAACUGAAACUCCAGUGGCAAACGAUACUCCCACUGCAGCCGAUGCAAAUCAACAACCAACUAACAAUGCAACUACUACGGCUCCAGUGGCUGUAGCGGCUUCAAACUAAUAAAACUACACUCCAAAUGAAAUCCAACAACAAAGCCAAAAAGGAGAAUAUGAUUCAAAAGCCAAGCCAUUCAGCCACCAAAAAAGUGAAACUCCAGCUCGCACUUUUUCAAAUUAAAUGCCAUGUCCAGAUGUUGCUGCAACAGUUAACAGAGUAAAUCUAAAUAUGUAACUACAUUAUUAUCCGUAAUUUUUAAAACCUAGUUUUGUUAACAAACUUUAACUACAAAUUGUUGUAGUUGUAGUAAAUUAUUUUUAUUAAUUGUUAAUUUUUUACUUUUUUUGUUUUUAUUAUACUAUUGUGAAUUGCUAAAGAAAAGAAACAACCCAAACAUAUUGUCAUUAUAUGAUGCUGCCUAACAACAAAAACGACAAAGCGUUUUUCGUUAAAGUGCCCAAAAUUGUUUAUAUUAUUAAAAUUUUCUUUCAUUUGCUAUAAUUUGUUUAAAACAAAAAAACAUGAGGGAAUUUGAAAUUUACCUUUUUACUUUGAUUUUCUUAUUAUUUUUGCCAUUCUUUUAAAUAUUAAUUUGAAUUUUGUCUUGGUUUUUUUUUUCUAGAAGUAUGAAACACACAAAUUAAACAUUUAAACUGAACACACAAACAAAUGAAUUUUGAAAAUCCAUGUGGAAAACAAAAAAAAAUGUUUAAUUUGGCAAAAUAUAUAAAAUUGAAAUAAAAUAAAUGUAGAUCGGAAGAGAAGCUAGCAAAAUAUUUAGAUUUGUUUUAAAACACAAUUGAAUUUUCCAGGCCUCUGUUGUUGCCAAUAGCUUUUUCAAAAAAAUUGAAUAACAAAUCUGGAUAUUUUGUUUUACUCCACAGACGACUGAUCACAGAAAAUAGUUUAACAACAAUAUUUGCAUACAAUAUUUGUACUGUACAUUUAUAUACAUGUGAAUCAUAUUUAUUCUUCCUCUUCCCCAUACAAACAUAUAUAUUGCAUAAAAAUACAUAUUUCUAUUUUAAAUGAGAAUAAUAAGAAAACUUUUAAAACUAUUUUUGAUUGAAUAUUUAAAUAAUAAAAAAAUAAAAACAAUUACAAAAA